UGCACCACCAAGAAGAGUUUGUCACUGAGCAGGAACAAGGAUGUGGUUCCCACAGGUGUUUUCAGGUCUUCCUUAUGGCUGGGAGGAAGCCUACACCUCAGAAGGAGUGAAAUACUACGUCAAUCACGUGACCCAGACGACCUCGUGGAGCCUCGCCGUGUCAAGCAGCAGCAUCCCGGAGUCGCCUCCUCCACCUCAGGAGAGCUCAGAGGUGGAGGGAGAGGGGGAGGUGGAGGUGACAGAGCAGAGACAGAACCCGACAACAGAGACGGAAAUGUAGGAGCAGAUCCUCCAGCCUGCCUCCACGUCAUUACUGCAGCCAUGUGAUGCUUUCAUAUGUGAAGUUUUCUGUGUUGAUAAAACAAGAAACACACACUGGCUCAGCUGGUCUUAAACCCUUCACCAAAACCUCGUAUAAUAUUUCUGACCAUGAUUUUAAUCCAGCUUUAAUCCAUGUAUGUAAAUACAAUGUUACUGCAGCUGUAAUAUAACCUUCAGAAAUAAUCUUAUAAGAAGACAAAGUUAUUUGUAAAACUACCAGCAUUUUAUAAAUGAAGGUCUGAUUUAUUUAUAUCUGCAGUCGUGUGGAAAUCAAGUGUAAAAUAUCCAGCUAAGCUAACAGAGCCAACAGUAUUUUUCCAUCCAUAAUCUCCAUCAUUAGCAGAAAGUCUGCAAUUUAAUAAUAAAGAGUGUUUGGAGCUUUGGUCCCUUAUCUCAUUCUUUAAAAGGUGUUAUUAAAUAAGUGAAUAUUUAGUUUGUGUUGUUUGACCUCUUUUAAUUAGCACACAUUAAUAACACCCUUCAGCCACGUUAUGAGUGUUGAUGUUGUGUACUCUGUCCACCAGAGGGCGCUCUUUUUGGUUUCUAAAUUGCAUCAUCAUGUUAUCGCAAAAAUAACUCAUAUAAAUAAGUAUACAUAACAAACAUUAGCCAGGCUUGUCUGAACACUCGGUUUAUCACAGCUUUCUUGGAUUGUAUGAUGUCACAGAGAGCAGAUAGUCUUAAUGCAGACAUCUCAAAAGUCUGACUGAGAGAAGAGAAGCCCCACCCACCUGCUGUUCAAAGCUUUUGUUUGUCAGGGGCAGCCAAUCAGAAGAAAGUUAGCUUAAAGGGGGAGGAACUAAAGCAUUUCAUUCCAGGCAAUAUUAUUAGUCCUGAGUUGCGUCUGCGGGUGUUUCGCUGCACACAGACUAAAGU